GCUGCAGAGAGAGCAGAUCAGCAGCAGAGUGCGCCGUGUCAAUUGUACGACGGUCGCGCUUCAACCAGGUCGCACUGUCGGCAUCCCAGUGUCGGUAUGGCUUUCGCGACGUGUGUGUGUCUGGCACUCUGUGUAGCGGCGGCGGCGGUGGGGGCGGCGCCCAGGGAACCCGCAGGAGAGCCCUGCCAGCCCGACAAGCUCACCGUCUAUAAAGUGGUCCUGCACACCUUUUGGUCCAGGGAUAAAUUCCCAAAGCACUAUCCCGACUGGAGGCCUCCGGCACAGUGGUCCAAAGUUUUCGGUCGAAGCCACAACAAAUCAUUCACUUUGUUCCGGUUGGGUCAGAAAUCGUCGCCUGGAGUGAAAGCUUUCGCUGAAACGGGUCGUUCAGAUGUCCUAGAGGAGCAAAGUCAAGGCGAAGGAGGAAUUUACGAUGAGUUCAACGCUCCUCCCAUUACAACAGGCGUCGGCAGGACCGAAGCGGAAUUCUUCGUCGAUGGAAACCAUUCAAGGGUUUCGCUUAUGACACGAAUUAUUCCAUCACCAGAUUGGUUUAUUGGGAUUGACAGCUUUGAUCUAUGCGUUAACGGUAAUUGGCUAGACAGCAUCACAAUUGAGGUGGAUCCGAUUGAUGCCGGAACCGACAACGGAUUUACGUUCACAGCCCCCAACUGGCCGACAGAACCACAAGGGGAGGCCUAUCGCAUUACGGCCCAUUACCCCGCUCAUCCUGCUGGAUCGUUCUUCUAUCCCUAUCUGAAGCGUCUUCCUCCCAUCGGCACGUUUCAAUUUAUUAAGGUCAAAGAGUACGAGCUGAGUGAAGUAUUCCACCAUGCCGAAGACGAUCAACGUUAUGAAGUUUUAAAAAUGGAGCACUUGACCCAAAACAGCAUAAACGUUUUAAAUGGAAACAGCGAUAUUGAAACAGCAAUCGAAGAAGAACGUGAAGAACAGGAAAUUCAUCAGCGUCCUCGACCUCGACCCCGUCCAUAUAAACAAUUCGUUCUUUCGACAUCUACGACUACAAGUUCCACUUCGAGAGUCUCAUCUGAUCCCGAUAGAUCACUCAACAGCAUAAACGAACGAGACGACUCCGUGACGUCCCCUUCGAUUCCAGCCGUGGUCCCUCGAGGGGACAAAGACGCCAUCAUAAACAGCAUCGCAGAUUCAUAUCUCAGUCAUUCAAAGGACCAUCACCAUAAAAAGUACCGCAAGCCGCGAAAGAACAUAAGGAAAUACCGACCGCCUCGGGACUGCCGCGUGAGCGAAUGGUCGCCGUGGAGCGAGUGCAGCAAGUCAUGCGGAAUCGGCGAGAUGCAGCGACGCAGAGAGGUGCUAAAGCAUGCCAGACGCGGCGGUCGAUUGUGCCCCCCUUUAGUCGAAACCAAAUGGUGCGGAUCGGCACGCUCCUGCAACAAGGAGUACUUCAAGUUUUAGGAUAGCAAAGGCUCCUCGUGAGGGAGUUGUGCAUUGAUUUGGGCACUUUCAGUGUUCAGUGCUCGCGCCUAUAGUAAAGAACUUCCAUUUGGAGACACUCAUUGUUUGUGAUUCAACUCUCAGGGUUCACACGUUGAACUCUAAGCGCGGACUGUACCCAAAGAUUGUUUGGAUACAUACAGCAAUUUUGUAAGUAUUUUUAACGAUAAUAAUUAUUUUUAAGAAGAGACAAUCGAUAUUUAUUGACAUCCAAAAUGAUCGAACGAUCGUGAAGCCCAUUUUGAGGAAAAACAAGACGUCCUUAUACAGUUCUCAGUCAGACUUCUUUUACAAUAAGUAGAUUUACGUGUAGGUACUUGUAAUUUUUUCAAUGAAAAUUGUGUAAAAAAUUUUUAUUCUUACAUAAUUUUGUGUGUGAUAAACAAACCGUUUUACUAAUUUUUAAGGAUAACCGCUAAAUUAUUUAGAAAUUUGUAAAUAUAACUAUAGGUACAAACAAUGUAGUUGUUAGAAAAGAAAUGUCAAUGAAAUUUCUAUCAAAAAUUUGUAAGAACUGUUGAUUUUUAUUGUAUGAAUUUCGUAAUGUCAAUAUCAUUCAACCAGGAAUGGUCGCUCAGCGUCAAACCAAACAUGACUUCUACAUACUAGGCAUAUAGGAUAAUUUUGUAUUACAUAAGUUGUAUGUAUGUAUAAUUGUACUAAUAUUAUAAUUUUUAGUUACUUGUCAUGCUCAUAUGUAUUCAAUAAAACAAUAAACGUUAUAUUUACAUAAAUAA